CAGUGGUCAUUUAUCAAAAGGAAACCCAUCCUCUUUUUCGCCUCCAGUUUUCUCUUCUUUAGGGUUUCUCUCUCAGACGCUUAACAAUGGCUGACGAAGCGCAGUAUUCAUCUGGUAGUACUGAUACAGUUUCCAACAAGCGCAAGUACGACGACCAACCUCCACCCAUGGUCACUCGACGCCCGACUGGCUUUUCCGGCCCCAUCACUUCCCCUUCUGCUGAUUCGGCACAUCCUCCGCCUCCUUCCUACAACAACGUCCCGCCACCUAUGGAUGAGAUCCAGAUCGCCAAGCAGCGUGCUCAGGAGAUUGCCUCUCGGUUGAUUAUCUCCAGCGGUGGCGUCGGGGCCGGUGCUGGACCUGGCGUUGGAGCCGAUGUCAAACGUCCGAGGGUCGAGAACGGCGGCGGGUUUGAUUCAUACGACAAGGGUUUUAGUUCUGGUCCAGAGCUGAAGCCUCACAUGUCAAGUUCAGCCCCUUCAGCAAUACCUGUUUCCUAUGGUUUCCAAGGGUCAAGCAAGAAAAUUGAAAUUCCAAAUGGGAGAGUUGGCGUAAUUAUUGGUAAAGGUGGUGAGACCAUCAAGUACCUUCAGCUCCAGUCUGGGGCAAAAAUACAAGUUACUCGUGACAUGGACGCAGAUCCCAAUUCUACUACCCGGAUGGUUGAGCUAAUGGGUACCCCUGAUCAAAUUGCUAAGGCCGAGCAGCUGAUAAAUGAUGUUCUUUCUGAGGCUGAAUCUGGAGGUUCUGGCAUAGUAUCACGAAGAUUAACAGGCCCUUCAGGAUCUGAGCAGUUUGUUAUGAAAAUUCCCAAUAAUAAGGUUGGCUUGGUUAUUGGUAAAGGUGGUGAAACAAUCAAAAGUAUGCAAGCUAGGACUGGAGCACGUAUUCAGGUGAUACCAUUGCACUUACCCCCUGGGGAUACAUCUACGGAAAGAACCUUACAGAUUGAUGGUUCAAGCGAGCAGAUCGAGUCAGCAAAACAGUUGGUUAAUGAAGUUAUCAGCGAGAAUCGUGCAAGAAAUUCAGGUAUGUCAGGAGGGUAUAAUCAGCAAGGUUAUCAAGCUCGACCCCCUUCAAGUUGGGGUCCUCCUGGGGCUCCACCAAUGCAGCAGCCUAGUUAUGGCUAUGGACAGCAAGGCGGAUACUCUGCUCCUUCGUCUCAGUAUAACAUGCCACAACCUCCUUAUCAGGGUUAUUCCCAACCAGCAUCUGGUGGAUAUGCUUCCAAUUGGGACCAGUCUACCGUUCCCCCAAAUCAACCUGCUACUCAGGGAAGUGGUUAUGAUUACUACAGUCAACAGCCUCCGCAGCAACAGCAGACACCUGGAGGUCCUGGUGCUACCGGAGACAACAGUGGUGGUUACAGUUAUGGUCAACCACAAGCCUCUACUUAUAAUCAACAGGGUUACUCUCAAGAUGGCUAUGGUGGUAAUUACCAUGCACCUCAGUCUGGUUACGGCCAGCCGCCUACAUAUGAUCAGCAAGGUUAUGGUUCUACUGCAAACUAUGGUAAUGUGGCUAAUGCAGGCCAAGAUGGGCUCAAUUCAUAUGGGUCUCAAGGGGAGUCAUCACAGACGGUCCCUCCUGCUGCACAAUCCUCUUCAGUGAGCCAGCAAGGUUAUAGUGCAAAUCAACAGCCUAGCCCUAACCCAGGGAGUUACCCUCCACCAAGUCAGUCGGGGUACGGCAUGACUGCACCUUCCCAAACUGGCUAUGGAAAUCAACCAGCUGCUCAGACUGCAUAUGGGGCUGCUGCUUAUGGAGCUCCUCAGACUCAGAAACAGCCUGCAAAUCCUCCUGCCUAUGGUCAGAGCACUCAGUCACCAAGCACACCCAGUGGCUAUGGGCAACCUGGUGCAUUGCCGUCUGGAUAUUCAAGCUCUCAGCCUCCUGCAUCUGGGUACGCUCAAUCAGAUUCUGCUUCUCAACGUGCUCCACCAACCAGUUAUGGUACUGCAGCUCAGCCGGGGUUUGCGCCACCACCUUAUGGUGUUCCUCCAACAAAUCAGCCAGCUUAUGGGCAGGCUCCACCACCUUAUAGCUCCUCUUAUGGUGCUGCUUACCCUCAGCCUCAAUAUUCAUCUGAAGGUAAUGCAGGUGGCGCUACUCGUGGGGGCUAUGAUUCUGCAUCGGCUGCUCAGACAGCGCCGCAAAGUGGUGUUGCAAAGGCAUCACCAAAAAGUUGAUCAAUGUAUGUGUUUGUUUAGGUGUGUAUGUUGCAGAGAACGGUUAACUUUGUUCCUAUGGUUAGAUUUUAUUAGGCCAGGUAGUGUUACGAGACCUCAUUAAUGCCUGAAUUCUUUACUGUAUUUGGUUUUGGUAUGGUUAAAACGGUUCUGAAGUUUUUCUUACUCUUGCACAA